AUGAGUCAAGAUAGACAUGCUAAAGAUACUCUUGAUCGUAUCGCUGUAAUUAAUGAUAGAUGUAAACCAGGAAAGUGCAGAUUAGAAUGUAAAAAGACAUGUCCAAUUAAUAGAGCAGGAGGACUUUGUAUUGAAGUACUUCCAAAAGAUAAACGAGCAGUUAUUUCAGAGACGUUAUGUAUUGGAUGUGCCUUAUGUGUAAAAAAAUGUCCAUUUGAAGCAAUUAAAAUCAUUAAUCUUCCAAAGAAUUUAGAACAAUGUACUACUCAUCGUUAUGGACCAAACUCAUUUAAAUUACAUAGAUUACCAAUGCCAAGACCUGGACAAAUUCUUGGAUUAGUAGGUACUAAUGGUAUUGGUAAAUCUACAGCAUUGAAGAUUUUAGCAGCAUCUAUUAAACCAAAUCUUGGACAAUAUAAAAAUCCACCUUCAUGGGCUGAAAUUAUUAAAUAUUAUAGAGGAAGUGAUUUACAAAAUUACUUUAAGAAACUUCUUGAUGAUCAAUUUAAAGCAGAAAUGAAAAUUCAAUAUGUUGAUAGUGUUCCACGAACUGUUAAUUCUAUUAAAUCAGUUGGAGAAAUUCUUCAUGCAUUAGAUGAAAGAAAUGCAUUUGAUGAAGUUGUUGAAAUUCUUGACAUCAAAAGAAUUCUUAAUAAAAGAGUUCAAGUCCUUUCAGGAGGAGAGUUGCAAUUAUUUGUUAUUGCUACUGUUGCAUUGAAGAAAGCCACUAUUUAUAUGUUUGAUGAACCAACAUCAUAUCUUGAUGUUAGUCAACGUUUAAAGGCAGCACACUUAAUUCGUUCAUUAAUUACUCCAGAAAAUUAUGUUAUAGUUGUAGAACAUGAUUUAUCAGUUUUAGAUUAUAUGUCAGAUUUUAUUGUAAUGCUUUAUGGUAGUCCAGGAGCAUAUGGUGUAUGUACAAUGCCAUUCUCUGUUAGAGAAGGUAUUAAUAUCUUCCUUGAUGGAUUUAUUCCAACAGAAAAUAUGAGAUUUAGAGAAGAAGCACUUAAAUUUAAGAUUGGAGAUUCUGGUCGUGGUGAAGAGACAGAACAAUUAGAUGAAAGUAAAGAAGAAGAUAGAGCUAAAAUUGAAGAAGCUCGAGCCAAGAGAAAGGAAGAAAAGAAAGAACAUCAAAGAAGUCUUGCAGAAGAAGCACAUAGUAAGAAAAAAGGAGGAGCUACUGAAACUAAAUACCAUUAUCCUGCUAUGACUAAAACACUUGAUAAAUUCCAUUUAACUGUUAAAGCAGGAGGAUUUGAUACAUCAGAAAUUAUUGUUUUAUUAGGACAAAAUGGUACAGGUAAAACUACAUUUAUUAGAUUAUUAGCAGGUCAAACAUCUCCAGAUGAUGAAAGUAUUCAACUUCCAAAAUUGAAUGUAUCAUAUAAACCACAAAAGAUUUCACCAAAGUUUGAAGGAACUGUUCAAGAGUUAUUAGAACAGAAAAUUAAAACAAUGUUCUCUCAUCCACAAUUUAAUACUGAUGUUAUUAAACCAUUAAACAUUCAACCAUUAUUGAGUCAUAAAUUAAAAACACUUUCAGGAGGAGAGUUACAACGAGUUGCAUUAGUGUUAUGUUUAGGAAAACCAGCAGAUGUUUAUUUAAUUGAUGAACCAUCAGCAUAUCUUGAUUCAGAACAAAGAAUUAUUGCAUCUAAAGUUAUUAAACGAUUCAUUCUUCAUUCUAAAAAGACUGCAUUUAUUGUAGAACAUGAUUUUAUUAUGGCUACUUAUCUUGCUGAUAAAGUCGUUGUAUAUGAAGGUAAACCUGCAGAAGAAUGUAUUGCAAAUCCACCAAUUAAUAUGGUUGACGGAAUGAACACAUUCUUAAAAUCAUUGAACAUUACAUUCAGACGGGAUCCAGACAAUUAUAGACCAAGAAUUAAUAAAGAAAAUUCACAAAAAGAUCAAGAACAAAAGAGAGAAGGAAAAUAUUUCCAUACAGAAUUAGAUUAA